AUGUGGGUGUUCCUGUCUUCGGACUGCCUCUUUUUCGGGUCUUUGAUUGCCACUUACAUGGUGUACCGCGGGCAGAGCCUUGUGGGCCCCUAUCCGGUGGACAUCAUAGAUGUGCCGAUUACUACUAUCAGCACUUUCGUACUGCUGUGCAGUAGCUUUGCCAUGGUUCGCGCACUGGCGGCGACCAAUGAGGACCGGCAGGGCGCCAUAUUAUUCUGGUUGCUGAUGACCGCUUUUCUUGGGGCCAUAUUCAUUGGGUUCCAGGUAUACGAGUUCAAUUUGUUCCGGGCCGAGGGUCUGAGGAUUGAUACGAACCUGUUUGGCUCUACCUUCUUUACUCUGACCGGGUUUCACGGCGCUCACGUAACCUUGGGAAUUGUAUGGUUGCUGGGUUUGGCUUGGAUCGCCAAGAAGGGGCGGUUGGGGCCCCGUACUGCUCUGGACGUGGAACUGGCGGGUCUGUACUGGCACUUCGUUGACAUCGUCUGGAUAGUCAUCUUUACAUUGCUUUAUCUGAUCGGCGGAUUCGACACUGGUCCCGCUGGGGACCCGUCCCUGGUUCCGCACUCGAUCACGGGUUUCCUGGGACUGAUUUAA